AGUCUCGCGAGAUUGUGACUAAGGAAGUUCCACGUCAGUAUCAGUGCUGUGUCCACUGAGUCGCAUUAUCGGGACCUGUAUCUUAAAUAUCCUCUAUACAAAUUCAUCCUAUACCGACAACGCGGGGAUAAAAGAUGCCUCUGAGGCUGGACAUCAAGAGGAGGCUCACGGCCAGGUCGGAUCGAGUGAAGAGUGUGGAUCUUCAUCCGACCGAGCCAUGGAUGCUGGCCAGCCUGUACAAUGGCAGUGUCUGUGUGUGGAACCACGAAACACAGACGCUAGUGAAGACGUUUGAGGUGUGUGACCUCCCUGUAAGAGCAUCCAAGUUCGUGGCCAGGAAGAACUGGGUCAUCACUGGAGCGGAUGACAUGCAGAUCCGUGUGUUCAACUACAACACCUUAGAGCGGGUCCACAUGUUCGAAGCCCACUCUGACUACAUCCGCUGCAUCGCUGUGCACCCUACUCAGCCGUACAUCCUCACCAGCAGUGAUGACAUGCUGAUCAAGCUGUGGGACUGGGACAAGAAGUGGUCAUGCAGCCAGGUGUUUGAAGGGCACACUCACUACGUCAUGCAGAUUGUCAUCAACCCCAAAGACAACAACCAGUUUGCCAGCGCAUCUCUGGACAGGACCAUUAAGGUGUGGCAGCUCGGCUCCUCCUCGCCCAACUUCACCUUGGAGGGCCACGAGAAAGGAGUGAACUGCAUUGACUACUACAGUGGAGGGGACAAGCCCUACCUCAUAUCAGGAGCCGACGACCGCCUGGUCAAGAUCUGGGACUACCAGAACAAGACCUGUGUCCAGACCCUGGAAGGUCAUGCCCAGAAUGUCUCCUGUGUCAGCUUCCAUCCAGAGUUGCCCAUCAUCAUCACAGGGUCUGAGGAUGGUACGGUGAGGAUCUGGCACUCCAGCACCUACCGGCUGGAGAGCACCCUGAACUACGGCAUGGAGCGGGUGUGGUGCGUGUGUGGCCUCAGGGGCUCCAACAACGUGGCCCUGGGCUACGACGAAGGCAGCAUCAUCAUCAAGCUCGGGCGUGAGGAGCCGGCUAUGUCCAUGGACGCCAAUGGCAAGAUCAUCUGGGCCAAGCACAGCGAGGUGCAGCAGGCCAACCUGAAGGCCAUGGUGGACACGGAGAUCAAGGACGGAGAGAGGCUGCCCCUGGCUGUCAAAGACAUGGGCAGCUGUGAGAUCUACCCUCAGACCAUCCAGCACAACCCCAACGGAAGGUUCGUGGUGGUGUGUGGGGAUGGAGAGUACAUCAUCUACACAGCGAUGGCCCUGAGGAACAAGAGCUUCGGCUCGGCACAGGAGUUUGUGUGGGCGCACGACUCCUCAGAAUAUGCCAUCCGAGAAAGCACCAGCAUCGUCAAAAUCUUCAAGAAUUUCAAGGAGAAGAAAUCUUUCAAGCCAGACUUUGGCGCUGAAGGUAUCUAUGGAGGCUUCCUCCUCGGGGUGCGGUCGGUGAACGGCCUGGCCUUCUACGACUGGGAGAACACGGAGCUCAUCCGGCGCAUUGAGAUCCAGCCCAAACACAUCUUCUGGUCGGACUCCGGGGAGCUGGUGUGCAUCGCUACAGAGGAGUCUUUCUUCAUCCUGCGCUACAUGGCCGACAAGGUCGCUGCCUCCCAGGAGUCCAACGAGGGGGUCACAGAGGACGGCAUUGAGGACGCCUUUGAGGUCCAAGGAGAAAUCCAGGAGAUAGUGAAGACAGGGCUCUGGGUUGGAGACUGCUUCAUCUACACCAGCUCGGUCAACAGGCUCAACUACUUCGUAGGAGGAGAGAUCGUCACUAUUGCUCACCUGGACAGGACCAUGUACCUCCUGGGCUACAUCCCCAAGGACGACCGCCUCUACCUGGGGGACAAGGAGCUCAACAUCGUCACCUACUCCCUGCUGGUGUCCGUCCUGGAGUACCAGACCGCCGUGAUGCGGAGGGACUUCGGCAUGGCGGACAAAGUCCUGCCCACCAUCCCCAAGGAGCAGAGGACCCGUGUGGCCCACUUCCUGGAGAAACAGGGCUUCAAGCAGCAGGCCCUGGCUGUGUCCAUGGACCCAGAGCACCGCUUUGAGCUGGCCCUGAACCUGGGGGAGCUGAAGACAGCCUACCAGCUGGCCGUUGAGGCCGAGGCGGAGCAGAAGUGGAAGCAGUUGGCGGAGCUGGCCAUCAGUAAGUGCCAGUUCGGGCUGGCCCAGGAGUGCCUCCACCACGCCCAGGACUACGGUGGGCUGCUGCUGCUUGCCACAGCCUCGGGCAACGCCACCAUGGUGAGCAAGCUGGCCGAAGGAGCCGAGAAGGACGGGAAGAACAACGUGGCCUUCAUGACCUACUUCCUGCAGGGCAAGCUGGACCAGUGUCUGGAACUGCUGAUCAGAACCAACCGGCUGCCAGAGGCGGCCUUCCUGGCCCGCACCUACCUGCCCAGCCAGGUGUCCCGGGUGGUCAAGCUGUGGAGGGAGAACCUGGCCAAGGUCAACCAGAAGGCUGCCGAGUCGCUGGCAGACCCCACAGAGUACGAGAACCUGUUCCCUGGUCUGAGGGAGUCCUUCGGAGCCGAGCACUUCCUCAGAGAGACCUGCCUGGGGACCUCCAGGCCCGCCACCGACUACCCCCUGGUGACGCCCAAUGAAGACAGAAACCUUCUAGAGGAGGCCAAGGGAUAUGAGCCCACUGGGGUGCUCCCUACCCCCACUACAACGCAGUCAGAAGACGGUGACAAGGCGACCCCAGUUGCCGGAAUGAUGGCUUCUAUGAUGGCGGCGGUCUCAGCUCCCGUGGUCGCGGCUGUGUCGGCCAUGACACCCUCGCAGCCAUCAGCCUCUUCCGUAGAGACUCCCGAGGAAGAGGAGGAAGCCCUUCACUCGUCACAGAAAGAUAAGUCUCUGGACGAUCUGGAUGUGGACCUGGACAACAUGGAGCUGGAUGACAUCGACACCACAGACGUCAACCUGGAUGAUGACUUUUUAGAUGACUAGGAUACGUCUCUCCAGCCCCAAGCGAUCCCUAACCCCCCGCAAAGUUUAUUUAAUGAAUUAUGAGAGACCAAACCCCCCCUGCCCCACACCUCUAUAUUUUCUUCUUUGUUUUGUUGCCUAAAAGUUAUUCUGCUGUCAUGCCCUGCCACAGUCACAACAUUUCUAAAGGUAAUUUGUUUUGUUUGUUACUUGAAAUGUAUUUCGUUGUCCUGCCCAGCCACUGUCAAAGCAUUUGGAGGUUUUUAGUUUUUUUUUCGUAGAAGGAAUUAAAUGCUAUCUAUUUCAGAAUAAAAUUUUGUACCCCAUUCAUGGUUUUGCUGUCACUAACGAGCCUUUGCAAUGAGUUCUGUAUUGACUCUCAUGUGGCCUAUGGUUGUACAUCAUUUAUCAGUUGGUCGAAUAAACGGCAAAUUGUUGUAAAUAUUCACUUCUGUCUUAAUGUU